CGAUUAAAAGGUAAAACGGUUUCACACGGCUUCCAAUCACAGCCGUCCAUUGGAACCCCAAAUAUGCUGUUUUUCUCUUACUAUAUAUUGAGGCCUCUCUUCCUUCUUCAAUUCAUUCAUUUCUCCGUUUCCGAUCAAAUAUUCUUUAAACGACCUCGUAUUAAUCGGUUUCAAAUUCGAAAGAAAAUUUUCAGAUAUGGCUGAAGAAAAUGUCAAUAUGCAACAACAGAUGGGUAAAGAAGAAGAAGAUAGGCUGAAAUAUUUGGAAUUUGUGCAAGUGGCUGCAAUUCAUGCAGUGGUGAGCUUCACAAAUCUGUAUCUUUAUGCCAAGGACAAGUCUGGUCCUUUGAAGUCGGGUGUUGAGACUGUUGAGGGUACUGUUAAGAGCGUUGUCGGACCUGUUUAUGAUAAGUACCAUGAUGUUCCCAUUGAGGUUCUCAAGUUUGUUGAUCGCAAGGUUGAUGCAUCUGUCACGAGUCUGGACAAUCGUGUUCCUCCUGUAGUCAAGCAGGUUUCUGCUCAAGCAUACUCUGUAGCCCGAGAGACUCCAGUUGCUGCUCGUGCUGUUGCUUCUGAAGUACAGCGUAGUGGUGUGAAGGAAACUGCUUCCGGAUUGGCAAAAAAUUUGUACACCAAGUGUGAACCCAAGGCCAAGGAGCUCUACUCCAAAUAUGAGCCAAAAGCCGAGCAGUGUGCCGUCUCAGCAUGGCGCAAGCUGAACCAGAUUCCGCUGUUCCCUCAAGUUGCUCAAGUUGUUGUGCCAACUGCAGCUUAUUGCUCUGAAAAGUACAACCAGACAGUAUCUAGCACUGCAGAGAAGGGAUACAGAGUUUCCUCAUAUCUGCCUUUGGUACCUACUCAGAAAAUUGCUGAAGUGUUUAAGAGCGAGGCACCCGGAACUGCAUCUAUCACUUCCAGCUGAGCAAUAUGCUGAUGCUGUAGUUUACAAUGUUUAAAUGCUGAAUGUUCGUUUAUUCUGUUUGAUUUUCUUCUUCUGUAUGCACACAGAAUGGUGCUGGAUAUUUUGUUUUAAUGAUCUGAUAUAAGUAGUUUGGUAUAUUUUAUUGUGAA